AUGGGACACAUUGCGUCUCAGUGCAAAGAAAAAGUAAGCCCAAUAUCAGACACUCAGCAAAAGAGGUAUGUUACUGAUAGCCCAGAGAGAAGGACCAAUAACAAAGGUAAGGCACUCUCAUGUUUUUAUUCUUUUGGUGGGAUGAGUAAUCGUGAUAUGGAAUGGAUUUUAGACUCAGGAGCAUCUGUGCAUAUUGUUAAAGAUAAAUCACUUUUUUAUGAUAUCAAAGAUAAGACUCAUAUGGGAAUAUCUACUGUUGAUGGCAACAAGCUCCAGUGUCACCUGGCUGGGAAACUAGAUCUACAUGUAAGUGUAAAUGGUGAAUCAGAUAUGGUUACAGCACACAAUGUUCAUUAUGUGAAAAAUGUGGCAACUAAUCUGCUGUCUGUAGGGGAAAUUGUCAAGAAAGGAAAUACAGUCACUUUUGACAUGCAGGGUGCAAGAGUAAUCAGUGAAAGUGAUGAAGUUAUAGCUACAGCAAGAAACGAAAGGGGUAUUUUUAAAUUGGAUACCAUUGACAGUAAACAUAAAAAUGUUAGUGAUUCAGUAUAUUCAGCAGAAGAAAAUAUGGCACCGGAGGCUUGGACAUCUAAAUAG